UUACUACACCAGCAGUAAAAUAUACGAAAAAAAUUAUCCAGAACGAGGGACAUUCCACGAAGCUUCUUCGUAUUCUUUGUUUUGAAUACCUUCAAAGAUAACAGGAGCGUGCGGUGUGACAUUAAUAACACCAAUAAAAGGGACAAGAACAGCAGGAUGAAAAACUUUCCAGACCCCGUUCAAGUACAAGUACGAACACGAACACAAACACAAACACAAACAUCCCGUCAAAUCUUUCAAUUCCGAAACGGAUCUAUGCUCCGAUCGAUGUUCACAAUUUCUCCCUAAAUAGGCACUCCAUCGCAUUUAGAUUGGUUUCAGCUACUCCCCGCGCCGAUGCUUCAACACUGUCAGAUCUCCAAUAUCGGGUUUUAUCUUGUGCAUCUUUGAGUCGAACACUUUUGAUGGCGAAGCGCGAGAUUGAUGGCCGGCUUUGAAAAUGUGCCAAUAAUUGGAAUGGGAUGCUUGAUACAAUUUCCAAAGAAAUGGAUGUCGCCAAUUCAACACAGAGAAAUUCAGCUCAGAUUGAAAUGAGAAUGGGAUUGCCACAUUAUGAUAGCGAAAAUGAACAUGAGGACGAAAUCCCUAUCAACUGUUCAAAUGCUGAUAUCAAAGAUUAUGAAUCUAAAUCAGCUGUUAAUAGAGAAUUAGGAGAUGUAAUGGAGACAUGGACAAUUGAAAGAUUUAAAAGUCGAAUAUGGAGGAGCAUAUGUAUCGUGAUAAUGCAAAACAAACUUAAUUUGCUGCUUCCUUUUGGUCCUGCUGCUGCUAUAUUGGCUCAUUCCUGGGAAGAGAAACGUGGAUGGAUUUUCUUUUUCAGUUUGUUAGGCAUAACGCCUUUGGCUGAACGAUUAGGUUUUGCAACAGAGCAGCUUGCAUUCUUUACUGGUCCCACAGUUGGAGGGCUCUUGAAUGCUACAUUUGGAAAUGCCACAGAGAUGAUCAUUUCUAUUUAUGCUCUUCAAAAUGGAAUGAUUCGUGUAGUGCAACAGUCAUUACUUGGUUCUAUCUUGUCAAAUAUGUUGCUUGUGCUUGGAUGUGCCUUCCUCAUGGGUGGCAUUGUUCAUCACAAGAAAGAGCAAAGCUUUAAUAAGGCUGCUGCUGUUGUCAACUCAGGAUUGCUAUUGAUGGCAGUUAUGGGCCUACUUUUCCCAGCCGUGCUACACUUUACACACACAGAACGACAUUUUGGACGAUCUGAAUUAGCCCUUUCUAGGUUUAGCAGCUGUAUUAUGCUUGUGGCAUAUGCAUUUUACCUUGUAUUCCAGCUGAAGAGUCACAAAAAUCUUUAUGAUCCCAUAGAUGAGACUGAGAGACAGAGUGAAGGUGUUUCAGAUGUUGAGGAGGUUCCGGAGAUAACUCAUAGGGAAGCAAUCUUAUGGCUUGCCAUCUUGACUGCUUGGAUUUCUUUCCUCUCAGGAUAUCUUGUCAAUGCAAUAGAGGGGGCUUCGGAUUCAUGGAACAUGCCAGUUGCUUUCAUAAGUGUUAUCCUUCUACCCCUGGUUGGCAAUGCCGCAGAGCAUGCCAGUGCUAUCAUGUUUGCAAUGAAGGAUAAGCUGGACAUUUCAUUAGGCGUUGCUAUUGGGUCUUCAACACAAAUAUCAAUGUUUGUGAUUCCCUUUUGUGUGGUAGUUGGGUGGAUUAUGGGAAAGCGAAUGGAUUUGAACUUUCAACUUUUUGAGACUGCGUCACUAUUUAUUACAGUCCUUGUGGUAGCAUUUAUGCUUCAGGAAGGCACAUCUAAUUAUUUCAAAGGGCUGAUGCUUGUUUUAUGCUACCUGAUAGUUGCUGCAAGCUUCUUUGUACAUGUUGAUCCUGAAAGUGAAAAUGGGAACAUUAUGAAUAGCUUGGGCAUUUGAUGUUUACCACUUGAUUAAAAUUUGGUGCAGGGAAUGACUAAAUGGUUGCUUCAGAAUGCCAUGGACAGCGUCAGAACUCAGGGUGAUUCAUUAGAUUAUGAAAGAGAUCUUUGACAAAUGUUCGCAUACGCAGUGGUUGCAUUUUCAGCAUUUUAAGAUUAGCAUUGCCUUGGAUUUCUGGGAUGGGAAGUUGCUGAUUGCUUGAGGGAUUAUUAUUUGCUGUAAACAAUGAACCCAGUUUCAAAAAAAUCUUGGGUUUUGGCCUUUAAACAUAAUAAAUGCAACUGUGUGCUAGAGGUUGCUAGCUAGCGUGUGGUAAUCAUUCACUUAGCACAUAUUAUAUGUCAUAGUUGUGGUGGUGAAAAAGUAUUUCCCCUACAUUAUGAAUAUGCUAGCUGACAACAGAAGGUUUGGAGAAAUUGUAAAUUUUCUUGUAAAGAAUCAGAAUGAAUUGAAAUGCAUCUAAAAAUGAGUUUGCUGUCCUCAAUUGAAGCAUGGGAUGGCUAAUGGAAAUGCGCAUUGGCAGGCAUAUUGACAUGCCUGCUUCCACAAUUUAGUUGGUUUUGCAAGGGAAUCGUUUGGAACAUUAUAUUUUUAGCUUUUUUCAAAAGGGCUAUAUCCAUGUGUUUAUAUAUGCAGCGCAGACGAAUAAUACAGAGGUUUACAAUCUUAUGAACAGAGAGUGUUUUGUUUAUUCUUUAUGAGUUCAGAGAAGGAAGUGAAAGGGUUUGUAUUUCGAUCUAUUCUAUUCA